UUCUUAUUGACUUGUCAAGGCAAAAAACCCUUUUCUCACGUCGUCCGAUUUCAACUAUAAAAACGGGUCCAUGUUCCAUGUUUCUUUCGAUUCAUGUUGUCCAUAAGUGUAUCUUCAAUUCACAUUCGUUCGGAUAAUUAAUCUACAGAAAAUGCAAUACUCUUCUAUCUUCGUUUCCUUGGCUAUGGCAGCCACCGCUUUCGCUGACUCCGAGUCCUUCGGUUUGGUUCUCAUCAGAUCUGGUGCUAGUUACCAAAACGCCCCAGUCAGUAUCAUGACUGGUAAGCUCCAGGCAGACACCCAAACCAACAACUACAUCAACGCUAAGAUCGACGACGAUGGUAAGUUGAACUUGGGUGCUGAUGGUGUCUACGCUGUUGUCCAAGAUGACGGUAUUUACUCUGGUUCUGAUGCAUCCACUGUCUUCUCCAUCGUUGACGGCUACUUGCUCUACAACGGUGCUGGUUUCUCUCUUGACGAGGACUACAACGUCUUGGCCGGCACUGAGGGUCCAAACCCAGUUGCUAUCAGAGCUUCUCUUUCUGAUGGUUCCACUGCUGCUGACUUUACCCCUGGUAAGGAAGAGUCUUCCUCUGAGGAGUCUUCUCAGGAGCCAGCUUCCACCACCACCGUUGCUGAGGAGGAAACCUCCACUUCCUUCGUUGUGCAAACUGCUGAGAACGGUGUUGCUAAGGUCGGUGCUGGCGCUGGUGCCAUUGCCAUCGCUGCUGCUAUGUUCUUCUAAGACUAGUGCUAGCAAUCGGCCUUUUAGGUCCGGGUAUCAUGGGUACUGGUUAGGAUAGGGCUUUAAUAUACGGUGA